CGCGCACGGGUCGGCGGCGCGCGCCGAGCGGGGGGCGCCGCGCGGUGCAGCCACGAUGGAAGGGGGUGCGUACGGAGCGGGCAAAGCCGGGGGCGCCUUCGACCCCUACACCCUGGUGCGGCAGCCACACACCAUCCUGCGCGUCGUGUCUUGGGUCUUCUCCAUCGUGGUCUUCGGCUCUAUCGUGAACGAGGGCUACCUCAACAACCCAGAGGAGGAGGAGGAGUUCUGCAUCUACAACCGCAACCCCAAUGCCUGCAGCUACGGCGUGACUGUGGGCGUGCUGGCCUUCCUCACCUGCCUGCUCUACCUGGCGCUCGAUGUGUACUUCCCGCAGAUCAGCAGUGUCAAGGACCGCAAGAAGGCUGUGCUGUCUGACAUCGGUGUCUCGGCCUUCUGGGCCUUCUUCUGGUUCGUGGGUUUCUGCUUCCUGGCCAACCAGUGGCAAGUCUCCAAGCCCAAGGACAACCCUCUGAACGAAGGGACGGAUGCAGCCCGGGCUGCCAUCGCCUUCUCCUUCUUCUCCAUUUUCACGUGGGCGGGCCAGGCUGUGCUAGCCUUCCAGCGGUACCAGAUUGGCGCCGACUCGGCCCUCUUCUCCCAGGACUACAUGGACCCCAGCCAGGACUCCAGCAUGCCUUAUGCACCCUACGUGGAGCCCAACGCUGGGUCGGACCCUGCUGGCAUGGGUGGCACCUACCAGCAUCCAGCCAACACCUUUGAUGCUGAGCCCCAGGGCUACCAGUCGCAGGGCUACUGAGCCCCCCGCCCCCCAAUGGUGGUGAUGGUGACCGCCUACCCUGCCCCUGCCCUUCCAUCCUAGCUCCCCUCCCAAGCAUCCUGCUCCCUCCCAGGUGACUCUGCCUAGCACAUGCUCAGCCUCCAAGUGACUCCACUGAAGCCCAGUGCAGCUGGGGUGGGGAGUGUCAACAUAUGUGUGCAAGUGUGUGUCCAGCAGGGGUGGGGAGUAGUGGUGUGUGUCCA